AUGGCAGCGAAAAAAAUUGCAAUCCUUUCGGUUUAUGACAAAACCGGUCUAAUUGAACUCGCUCGAGGGCUCGCUGACCUAAAUGUAGAACUUAUCGGUUCGGGAGGAACAGCGAAGAAAAUUCGGGAAGCAGGAAUCCCUAUCUCUGAUGUAUCCGAAAGAACUAAGGCUCCAGAAAUUUUGGGGGGACGAGUUAAGACCUUACACCCCGUGGUUCAUGGCGGAAUCCUUGCUCGCGAUAUCCCAAGCGACAACGCUGAUCUUGCUGCACAAGAAAUACGCAAAAUCGAUUUUGUCAUUUGUAAUCUUUAUCCCUUUAAAGAAACUGUUGCCAAGGAAGGUAUCACUAUUGCGGAAGCUGUCGAGGAAAUUGACAUAGGUGGUGUUACGCUUUUAAGAGCCGCGGCAAAAAACCAUGGCCGCGUAACCAUUCUUUCGGAUCCAAAUGAUUAUUCUAACUUUUUGGCGGAAUUGAGAAAAGGAAACAUUUCCGAAGAGACGCGCCGAAUAUACGCUCUAAAGGCAUUCAACCACACGGCUGAUUACGAUGACGCCAUCUCAAAUUAUUUUAGGCAGCAAUACUCUAAAGAUGUUUCGCAACUUACCCUGCGCUACGGAGCCAAUCCGCAUCAGAAGCCUGCGCAAGUUUUUGUCAAAGAAGGCCAAUUACCGAUUAAGGUUCUUUCUGGAUCUCCGGGUUACAUAAAUCUCCUUGAUGCGCUUAACGGUUGGCCACUUGUGAAGGAAUUGAAGGCCGCAUUGAACAUUCCUGCUGCGGCUUCUUUCAAACAUGUCUCCCCGGCGGGCGCUGCCGUAGGUCUUCCGCUGUCCGAUAUUGAGAAGAAAACCUAUUUUGUCGAUGAUAUUAAAGAUUUGUCACCUUUAGCGGCUGCAUACGCUCGUGCACGAGGUGCGGACAGAAUGUCCUCUUUUGGGGAUUGGAUUUCCUUAAGCGACGUCGUCGAUGUUCCCACUGCUAAGAUUAUAUCACGUGAGGUUUCUGACGGUAUUAUUGCCCCAGGCUAUGAAGCCGAAGCGCUAGAGAUUCUACGCAAAAAGAAGGACGGAAAAUAUACCAUUAUUCAGAUUGAUCCAUCCUAUGAACCCCCAGAAUUAGAGACACGCCAGGUUUACGGAUUGCACCUUCAACAGAAACGUAAUAACUUCCAAGUAGACUCAAAAUUAUUUGAAAAUAUUGUCACGGAAAAAAAGAAUGUACCUGAAUCAGCCAUCACCGACUUGAUUGUUGCGACCAUCGCACUCAAAUAUACACAAUCUAAUUCAGUGUGUUAUGCAAAAAAUGGAAUGGUAAUUGGCCUGGGUGCAGGUCAGCAAUCGCGCAUUCAUUGUACGCGUCUGGCAGGUGAUAAGGCUGAAAACUGGUGGUUACGUCAUCAUCCCAAGGUGCUUGCAUUCGACUUUAAGAAAUCUACAAAGAGGGCUGAAAAGAGCAACGCCAUUGAUCUUUAUAUUCUUGAUAAAAUUGGAGAGGGUAUAGAACGUACCUCUUGGGAAUCUCAUUUUAACACCAUUCCUGAACCUUUGACACCAGAAGAACGUAAACAACAUCUAUCAACACUCACCGAUGUCGCACUUUCCUCCGAUGCAUUCUUCCCCUUUUCCGAUAACAUCCACCGCGCUCGACAAUCGGGCGUGACUUAUGUUGCUGCACCUAGUGGUUCCGUACAGGAUAACGCGGUCAUACAAGUUGCCAAUGAAUAUGGGAUGGUGUUGAUUCAUACCAGCAUAAGGUUAUUCCAUCAUUAA